AAAGGUGCCCAAAGAAACCCCUACCUAAGUAAAACCAAAAAACAAAACCUAGUAGCUUUACUUAUUAUUUUCCUCUAUCAUAAUGUCAAAGGGUAGAACAAAAGGCCGGAAGAAAAAUAUCAGUGGGAUAGUGAAUCUGAUAGCAGUGGUAGCAAAGCUACAAAAGAGUCUUCUAUUAGGGAAGAAAUUACCGUCCGAUGAUUAUUUCGACGAGUCGGAAAACAACGUGCCGGAGGACGUGAAGGAAGGGCAUUUCGCCGUUGUUGCGGCGGAAGAUGAUGAAGUGAAGAGAUUUGUAGUUCCAUUGAGUUGUUUAACACACCCUUCAUUUUUGACGCUAUUGGAACAAGCUGCUGAGGAAUAUGGUUUUGAUUGUGAAGGUGCACUUACAGUACCAUGCAGGCCAAGUGAAAUGGAGAGAAUUUUGGCGCUUAUUUAUACUUAGUUCACUCGUCACAGCUUAGUUUAGUAGCAUAACUCUUUCUACUAGCGUUGCACUGUUUAAUACUUCUGAUCAAUAGAUUAAGAAGAGGAGGAUAAAAAACUUAUGAUGAAACAUUUAUAUGUUUGAGUCUAUCAUUUCCAAAAUCUAAUAGGAUAUUCCAACUUUUUUCUUUAUAGCGGCCAUGAUUGUGAAUUUGUAUAUCAUACCUGCAUGUGGAUGUAUUAUGGUGCAUGCUAUAAUAGUAGAGUGGAGAAAGAAUUCUAGUUCGA